GACACCCGACUGAGAGUCUGCCGGAACGCUUCAGUUCGUGUGACGGCCUCGCGACGAAACGCGGACGACGUUAACGCCGCCGCCGCCGCCGUGGAGUAGUGCGACCAGCGCUGGACCGAAACGCCGCACAAAAUUGAAAGAGGUUCCCUGGCCGGUUAGUUUUCCCUACAUGCGUGUGCUGCAACACUUCCGUUCCUAUCACCGCCGACGACGGAACUGCAACGGCAGUCCGGAUGACUAUGACACGGUCGUUUGCCGCCAACAAUAAUAUCGUCGCGGUCGUCCUGUGCUUAGCCGUAUCCACCGUACAUACAGGUGAAGCAAGGACGUCUGAUGCAAACUACGGAAGGUACAUAGGCCAACUGAUCGGCGUCGCCCAUGGCAUCCGAGGUUCUGUGUACGCUGUUGACGAAAGCACACUAUUCAUCCGUGGAUUCCACUAUGAUGGUAUUGGUCCAACGGCGUAUUUUUGGGCCGGAAAAACAUCAAGACCAUCUCCGGAUGGAUUUAUCAUUCCAUACCCAGAAGACUAUCCGGCAGUGGAACCACCGCCUUUGCAGACGCACAACAACACCAACGUCCUCUUGCGUCUGCCUCCCAACAAACACAUCAAAGACAUUAAAUGGCUGUCCGUGUGGUGCAGGCGGUUUACGGUAAACUUUGGCGAAGUGUACAUACCAAACACUAUAGAUCCACCUAAACCUCGGCUUUUGCCCGAGUUCAAACGUUUUGCGCACGGACUGCGGUCAGGUAACAUCAGUAUUUUGGACGCCCGGACUUUCUACAUACCGAAUUUACAUUACGACGGAUUAGGACCCGAUGCUUACUUCUUCGUGGGCAACGGCUCAGAACCAUCGCCGUACGGCGUCAAAGUCCCCAACGAAAUCGGAAGUCUGGAACCAUUGAAGGGCUACCAGGGAGAAGACAUAGAAAUCCAAUUGCCCGGAAGCCUAACGGUGCACGCGAUCGAUUGGCUGGCUGUUUGGUGUGUGCAAUAUACGCACAAUUUUGGCCAUGUCAACAUCCCGGACGACUUGGACGUGCCACCGGCGUUGGGGCAGACCAAGCUGACCCCAUCGUGGUGGUACAACCCUACAAGCAGCACCACGUCGGAUCCGGGAAGUCACUGGGAGAUGAACAACUGCCGAGAGCUGCUACCCGCUCGGUUACAAGUGCAGUGGGAAGUCCAAGGCGAUUGGGUGCAAGUGCAACUGACUGGCAAAAUUCGCGAUGAUCAGUACAUGGCGUUUGGCCUUAGUGGUAAUCCGGACAGCGUUACCCUGUUGGGCAGUGACGUGGUGGUGGUGUUUUACGACAAGGUCAAAAAUUCUUUCAAAGCAGAAGACUAUUACGUAUCGGCCACAAUGGAAUGCGACGAUAACAGCGGGAUGUGCCCUGACGAACGUCUUGGCGGUAGGAACGAUGCGGUUCUUGUAACAGGCACCAGAAGGAAUGGGAUAACGUGUGUUGUGUAUCGUCGACCAGUUCAGACAAACGAAGCGAUCAACGACCAACCGAUGCCGAUGGAUUCACCAGCUUUAAUUGUGGCGGCCAUUGGACCACUUGGAAAGUCGGAUCAGCUGAGUGCUUACGCGCCCAAGGAUAUAACUUUCGAGGAAAUACGAAUAAAUUUCAACUCUAAAGACGAUUAUACAUGUGCCAUGUCCCUAUUCAAUAUGGACGACGAAAUGUCAUUAUCGCCGUGGCCUCCGAAUGUUAUUAUCGGUGAACACAAGUUUACCGCCAGGCUAGGGCCUUCCGGUGGUGUUAGGGGUUACAUGGGUAUUACAGGCGUUCCUACCGGCGACGUUGUCUGGUACAUUAACGACAAGCUAAUUCCAGAAAUUUACGUGGAGAGAAAACAAACAUACACUUUCUACAUCGAAGGAGGGGACAAGCCGAAUAAACCAGGACACUAUCACCCGUUUUACAUUACGGACAACCCUGAAGGGGGCUUUGGAGAUAUUGACGAUUCGGAACAGAAAAAGCAAAGGGUGUUUGCUGGGAUCCACUACGAUUCCGAAGGGUAUCCGUUGGCACCUGCAGCCGGUCGGUAUUGCGAGUAUAAGUUUAGGUCGUACGACCGUUCGUCCGAAAUGGAAACGUUCAAUGCGUUUUUCGACUCGUUGAAACUGUCUUGCGAAGAAGGCGCAGUUGGCGUGCUAAACUGGACAGUUGCUGAAGAAACGCCAGACACUGUAUACUAUCAGAGCUAUUCUCAGGCAAAUGUCGGCUGGAAAAUCCACGUGGUCGACGCCGGUUAUAAGUGGAACGAUGACAAAAACGCAGCCUCCGGACUAAUUAAUAAUGUUAAUAUUAUUAUCAGUAACCUACCACUGAUAUGCAUAUUUCUUAUCGACCAGAUGAACAGACUUAAUUUGCUGUGAUGAAGUUCAUGUCAAUGAUGCAAAACGAAUGUUCAUUUCUUAAAAAAAAAUAACAAUACAAUACACAAUUAAAGAAAUAAACCAAAAAAUAAUUAAAAGGAUUAAUAUUUCCAAACAGUUAACAAAAAAAACCUAUCAGUAAAAAAUUCCUUAAAAUAAAUAAAUGUCUGUUUUCAGUUUUAAAUGUUGCCAACAAUUCUCGGCUGUUGUGCAAAUAUAUAUUUUAGUCAUCAUUUCCGAGUAGUUUCUACCAUCGUUAAAUUUUUAAUUGAUAUUAUAAUGGCUUAAUGAACCGUAUAUCGAUUAAUUUGGUUUGUGUAACGAGACCAGCAUAGGCUUGUUUGAGGAAAAUUUAAGUUCUACAAUUACCAUCCUACUGUAAAACAUUUUAUUCAAAUAAAGUCACUUUUUGUUAAUUUAUGCAAAAAAAAAAAUAAUAAAUAAAAUAAACUUAAUUUAAAACACACGAGUUUUAAUUUUGGCUAACUAACAUAUUAGCCAACCCGAUAUUUUUUAAAUAAAAGCAGUAAAUAUAAAAAUUAAAAAUAAUAGUUUUCAGUUUUUUCCUCUAAAAAAAUUAUGGAUUUUUUCUCAAAGAUAGCGUAAAAUCACAAGCACAUAAUAUUGCUAUGCUGGCUUUCAGAAACACAUUGCUUGAAAAACAAAAUUAAGGUUCUAUACCCAACAUUAAGAAUAUCAAGUAAAAACAAAACAUAUCAUAAUAUUGUGUAAAAAAUAUUUAAGGUGUUAUGGCACAUAGUAAAUUAAGUCUUAUGAAUAAAAGCACUAUUCGUGUGUUAAGAAAUAUGCAUGUUAAGUGGUAAGCUUAGAUAAUAAACUAGCGUUAAGUAUGUUAAACAAGUAAAACGAAUCCAUAUGAUCAUAAGAUAUACUAUUCAAAACCAACGCGCAAAAUUUAAAAAAACUUAAGUCCGUGAAAACCAUUGUGGUCUUUUAGACGUCAACGUAAUACGUAAUUGUACCAAGUCACCGUCAAAACUAAAAAUAUUUAAACAACUUGUAAACAAUCGUUACCUUACCGUAAAUAUAGAUAUGAUAAUAUAUUAUACAAGAUAAUUUGUUUAUGCUCAUUAAAUGGAUAAACGAGAUUUAAAUUUCAUAAACAAGAUUAAAACCAAUGUCAGCAAACAUUAUCUCGUUGAUUUUUUAAAUAAGUAUAUUUUGAAAACACACUUUGUCGUUAAAUUAUUUUAUCCAAUACUAUAUAAAAGUAUUUGUUAUAAAUUUAAAUUUUAUAGAUACCUUAACGUUAAAAUACAAUUUAAAACACUGAUACAAAACUAUUGCCAUUAUAAAACUCCUUAAAACCCGUUGGCUUUCAAUCCCCUUAAAAAAAACUAAAGUUUCUAAGUUUUCAGUUAAAAUUGUUAGUCUGAAUAGCGAUUUUAUACCCAUAAUUAAUUUGAGUAGUACAAAAGUAUAUCGAAUAUAAUAUAAAAUAAAUUAUAUAUUCCUAAAAAAUCAUCAAGAUAAUGAACAAGUAUACCUUUCAUUAUACCAACCAAGUGAUUAUGCAAUUAAAAUUUUUUAAACACUGUUUUUUACCGUGAACUUCUAUUUGAUGUCAGCAAUUAACCUCUGUACCAAAUUUUUAAACAUCAUGAUAUUAACAAGAGAUAUAUAGUAUACUAAUAUUGUUGAUUUUAGUUUUGACGGAAUUGCAAAUUGCUCAAAUAAUAAAAAGAUUGUAUUUUUAAAAUAGUUUUAAUGAUAUAACCGACAAUAAUUACUCAUUGGAAACAUUCGUUUUUUUAAUGGAAUACAAAUAAAUGAAUGUUAAUGAAAAUAAUGACAAUAAUAUAUUU